UUGAAGUUCACAUCAUGCAAUUUCACGGUGAAAGACGUAUGACAACCGCAGGUGAUUAUGGAAAAUUGAAACCAUCAGAUUUGUGUCUACCGUAUAUUGGUACACCAGAAGAUCGAACACUUUAUGUUCAGAAUGUACCGGAAACGUGGGAUAAGUGGAAACUUCUUCAUAUAUUUCGACAAUUCGGACGAAUUGACAACAUUAAAAUUAUACGAAAACAUGAGGAUUCGUUAACAUGCGCAUUUGUUCAUAUGAUGUCAAUUGCUGAUGCGAAUUCGGUUAUCACAGCAACAGCUCAGGAUGAUGGCAAAAUACAGUUGCCAGAGCUAUCGAAACCGCUCAAGAUCCAAUUUGUAAAACAGAAAGGUAAUACAAAUUGGAAAACAGAUUUAUCAACGGCUGUUGAUAGAGAAACGGAACGAAUGAAAAGUUAUUUUUCCAUUAUUGAUAAACCGGAAUUAGUUUUGGCUGGUGGAAAUACUCGUAAAUCGAUUAUCUACAGUGAACGCUUUCAUCGUCAUAUGUAUCUACCGUGGGGAAAGCCAGUCGAGGUUGAACUGAUUAAACCAAUUACGGAUUUUCUGCAUUGGCCAAUGAUAUUUUAUGUGCUUAGUAAAACUUAUGUAUGCGAAGCGGAGAAUUUAAUAAUUACCAAUGAAGAAUUAGACGGUCAUAUUGUGGCUCAUUUUGAACGUGCACCUCAGGUGACGUAUGUUGUGGAAAAUGAACUGUUGGUUGCAGCACCAAAGGCGCCAAAUCAAAUACCAUUUCGAUGCCGCGUAUUGGAAGAAUUGGGUGACAAAAAAGUUCGUAUCUAUGCGUUGGAUGUGGGGCAAACGUUGGUAGUGCCAAUGAGCACGUUGAAAGUUAUAAGCGAUUAUUUGGCAUCUGUACCAGCUAGAGCUACUCCAUGUGUGCUAUAUGGUAUUACCAAUCCAACAUCAGCAUUUGCAAAAGUUGCUUGUCGCAUCCUGGAAAAUAUUGAUCAUUUCGCAGUAAUAGUUGUAAGCUUCGAAGGUGCUCUUGCUUCUGUUAGAGCAUUUGAAUUAAAUGGAUCAUCUGUAACUGAAAUUGCGAAAAUUCUCACUAACAAUGGCCUUUGUGAUUACAUACCGCCAAAUAAGCGAAAAGUUUAUCCUCGCGAAGCAAUCCUAUCACUGAGAAAUCAAAAACGAAAGUUAUCAAUUCCAAAUCGUGAGGUGGCAGAUGUUAUUUCAGUUAAGCCUCGAUUGGAGUAA